UGAUUAAAUAAUACUUAGCAAAAAAUCAUUCUCCUUCUUCUUUCUCUCUGAUUUUGCUUGCUUGACCAUAAAGUCGCCGAGAAGUAACACCGGCGGAGGAAGAAAACAAGAGAGGAGUAAUGGAAUCGCAGAAGAAGAUAGCUCAUGAGAUCGGAGGCAUGAAGAACGAUGCUCUUCGCUUUGGUCUUCACGGUGUUAAGAGCGAUAUCAUCGGAUCUCACCCUCUCGAAUCCGCCUACGAAUCUGGAAAGAAAUCAGAAGAAGAAAUGAAGAGGAAAGUGAUUAUGCAUACUUAUGGAGCUGCUCUUCCUUUGAAGAUGGAUCUUGAUAGGCAAAUCCUUUCUAGGUUUCAGAGACCUCCGGGACCAAUUCCGUCGUCAAUGCUUGGCCUUGAAGUCUACACAGGAGCUAUAGAUGACUUUGGUUUUGAGGAUUACUUGAAUGAUCCUCGUGAAUCCGAGACGCUCAAACCAGUAGACUUUCACCACGGCAUGGAAGUUCGGCUUGGUCUCUCCAAAGGCCCAGCUUGCCCAAGUUUCAUGUAGAGUCAUAUUUUUCAUCUCUAGGUCUCAUCAUAUGCUUCAAAAUCCUCAAUCUGAGUAAAGAUCAUGUCAUGAAAUUUUCAUAUUUCCUAAAAAGAAUCUACUCGUUUGUUUGAUCUUUUCUCUACAUUGUUUGUCCUCCUCUGCUCUGAACAUAAAAAUCUAAGAAAUCUGGUUCAGUUCUGAACUUUGGAUGCUA